AUGGCGACUGACAAGGAAAGGCAGCCGGUUCUGCUGCUCAAAACCAAGUCUAUACCCAACGACACAUACGAGGAAUUGUUCUCUACCCCGCGGGAUGGCUUCCAUUUCGAGCCAGUCUUCGUGCCCGUAUUACAACACCAAUUCAUAGAAGAUGGCAUGAACAGUUUCAAGCGUCUCUUGCACGAUAGGCAAAUAAGUAAAGAGAAAGAUGCUGCCUAUGGCGGCCUCAUUUUCACAUCGCAAAGGGCAGUCGAGGGCUUUGCCAAGUUAGUUGAAGAGGGACAGGGCGACGAGCAUUGGCCUCACCUGCAAGAUAUCCCCAUAUACACGGUUGGUCCGGCCACGACGCGCGCCCUGCGCUCCGUGCCGCAGACUCCUCCCUUGCAGAUCUUCGGCGAGCAAACGGGGAGCGGGGAUGUCCUCGCGCCAUUCAUACAACAACACUACGGAGAGUGGUACGCGGAUCGGCCCGUGAAGCCUCCGAUACUGUUCCUCGUGGGCGAGAAGCGCCGCGACAUCAUACCCAACUUCCUGAUGGACCCCUCCCUGCCGCCCGAGAAGAGGAUACAGGUCGACGAGACGGUGGUCUAUGGGACCGGCGUUAUGGAAUCCUUUCCCUCAGACUUCGAGCGAGUCUUGAAGAGGACAGAGAACUCCAAAGGGAGGUGGGUGGUCGUGUUCAGCCCGACGGGCUGCGAUGGCAUGUUGCAGGGACUCGGCAUGCUGGACCCGGUGACUGGCAAGGUGGGCAAAGCGCCGGACGACAGAAACACGUUUGUUCUCACGAUAGGACCUACUACGAGAACGUUCCUGAAGAAGACGUUCGAUUUUGAGCCCGACGCUUGUGCGGGAACGCCGAGUCCGGAAGGCGUGUGGGAGGGUAUUAGGGGGUUCCCGACGACAAGGAAUCAAGAAAUUCAAAAACAAACUGAGAAUGCUUGUCAUACAUAG